GAGUCGGUGUGCUAUAUGCUCCUGCCUCAGAGGGACGAUGGUGGAGGCUUGCUAAACAUGGCGGCGCUCUCCGAGGAUGGGAGCUACGGAUUAAAUUGUGGCCAACACAGCGCAGACCGAGUUACCGUUCUGCAUGUCAAAUUGACCGAGACAGCACUGAGAGCGAUCGAAAGUUACCAAAAUUGCACGAAUGUAUCCUCUUUGCGGCCAACAAUACAAUUCAAGGGACUCCAAGGGCGCAUUAAAAUCCCCAAGACAGAUUCUUCCUCUGCCUCCCACAAUUUUGAUUUCUACCUGUCUAACGUCGGCAAAGACAACCCUCAGGGAAGCUUCGAUUGCAUCCAUCAAUAUGCUUCAAGCUCAGGGGCCUCUCACCUGGCAUUAUUGGCGACAGUACAGGACAAGGUCACAGUAUGCGCGACCAAUGACUCCUACCAGGUGACCCGGGAGCGUAUGACCCAGGCUGUGGAGGACACGCGUGAACGUGGGACCAAAGUCAUCAAACCUGGGGGCCAGUACAGAGGUAAGCAAGUACAUGUCCGUAAACCAGCACUGUCGACACCUGAGGUGGUCCCGGAGCGCAAGCGGUCGACGCCCAUCAACCCAGCCAAUACCAUCCGCAAGUGCCUUUCCAACAACGCUGUCUCCCAGCGACCAUUCCGCGACCGUGUGGUUCACCUUUUGGCGCUCAGGUCCUACAAGAAACUGGAAGUGCUUGCCCGUUUGCAGCGGGACGGCAUCAACCCGAAGGACCGCAACUCCUUGGGGACCGCCCUGCAACAGGUGGCAACCCUUAACCCCAAAGACAACACAUAUUCACUGAAGGACUUUAUUUAUCGUGACGUCCAGAGAGACUGGCCUGGCUACUCUGAAGAUGAGAAGACCCAGGUGGAGCGUAUCUUGACUCGCAAACUAGGUCUUCCUACUGAGGCACCCUCCUCAAACAGCUCUCCCAAAGACAGUUUAUCGUCAUCCCCUCGGAAGCGCCAGCCGGAUUUUGACUUUAUCGAUCCUUUGGCGCCAAAGAAAGCCCGUAUCUCCCACCUCAGCAACCGUGGGCCGGCCGCAUCUCUUCCCUCAUCCUCGGAGCGCCGCGAGGACGAGGGAAGCCCCAGCGCCAAAUGCUCUUCUCUGCCCUCCAACGUCAUCUUGGGCCCGCCCAGCCAUCUCCCGAUUCCCUCUCACCCUCCAGCGCCCUCUCACCAGCAGCCCAGCCCAGCCUCCAGCUCCAACUCCCCCAGCACCCCGGAGGGCUGCGGCACCCAGGACCUGCCUGUGGACCAGAGCUCCUCCUGCCGGGACCCUUCGCCAACUUCCUUGCCAUCCGAUCGAGUCCCGUUGCAGCGUUAUCAGCCGCCGAUCCCGGCGGCCUCGCCGAGCCCUCCGCCUCGCACCUCGCUCACUGUAACCUCCACUGUGAUCAGCAGCCCUCCUUUGUCGGCCAGUGAUGGCAAAAAGUUUAAGAAGAAGUCCAAAAAGCACAAAGACAAGGACCGACAAGGGAAAUGGACAGAAAAGGGCAGCAACAGUUCUCUAAGCGUAGUCGAGCAGGCUACGGAGAGCCCCAAAUCGAAAAAGAGGCAGAAUGUUGAGGAUGAAAGAAGAGAUGUUCACACACAUCAAGACUACCCAGAAAAAGACAAGAAUCCGGGCCAAUCUACUGUUUUCGAAGUGCCUGACUAUGAAAUAAAGUACACAGCACUGGUGUCCACGGAGCAGCGACAGCACUACAAGGACGACUUCAACGCCGAGUACGACGAGUACCGUCUGUUGCACGCCCGCGUGGAGAAGAUCACCCGCCGCUUCACGCUGCUGGAUUCCAAGUGCCGCAAGCUGGCACCGGGCACCAAAGAUUAUCAGAAGGUGCAAGAUGAAGUUGUGAAAGAAUACAAAAAGAUGAAACAACACAGCCCAAACUACCACGGGGACAAACAACGCUGUGCGUACCUGCACAACAAGCUGGCGCACAUCAAGCGGCUCAUCGCGGAUUUUGACCAGCGCCGAGUCCAAACUUGGUGCUGAGAGUCCUCUCGCCACAUCAUUGAUCAGUAUUGUGAAUGGAAUGUCCAUUCGGGGGGAGGGGUCCAACUGGGUCUUAUUUAUUAACACCCCCACGGUUGGUGCGUGUUCCGCCCUUCCUUAUUCACUCUUAUACCGCUUUGCUUCGUUCAUUCCUUCCUCUUGCCAGCUUUCAUUCCACAGGCUGCAUUAUAGCCUGAACUGUUCCGAGUCCCAAUUUUAGCCCUUCUGUUUUGGCCCCCUUUUUUUUUUUUUGGUUCCCUUUUCGCUUUCAGAGGCGGGGCAACAUGAAAAGCGAGUGGGUUUGGGAGGACUUUUCAUCUCUUUUCUUUCGAAAAAACUUCAUCGUGAAGCAAUUAGAAGUAUUUUUGAGUUUAAGAGAAACUAUUAAGUUGUAUUUAAGGAAAAUAAGAUCUAUUUAUUUUGGGACUUGUAGUGCAAGAGUCUGCAGAUUGUUUAACUUUUGGUAAGCCAAAAAAAAAAAAAAAAAAACAGUUAUGGGCCUUAUGUUUUGACAUUGUGAAGCCAUUUUGCACAUAAGAUCCAGAUAUCAUCUCUUGGCAAAAAUGUCUCCUCUCCUGCCUCACUGCUGUGUUCUCAUGCUGCUGGAGGUCACGUGGUGGGGGGCCGAGCGCGAGAACCAACAGUAAGGAUGCGAUAAGAGGAAAUUAAGUGAGCUGUUGUCUAUAUGGAUUGUAAAUUGUUCUGGCCAUAUGGGGUGUAGAGAGGUAACUAAAGGUAAAGACCUCUAGGGGACAGUGUCCCCCCCUGCACCAAUAGUGUUGAUGUCAAUGGUGCAUUUUGGGUGCCUUAAGGUGUUUACGCUGAAUGUUGGUGUAGGUUCACCCUUUUGGUGCGUAGUCUAUACGAAGGAACACAACUGCCUGGCAAAAGGCUGUGCGUGUGUUUGUGUGUGUGCGUGUGUGUUUGUGUGUCGGAAGCUUAAAAAGAAGGGAUGUGAAGCAUGGAAGGUGUGUUACAGACUGUGCGCGUGCGCGAGAGUGUGUGAUGGCAACAAAAAAUGUGUAAAAAAUGAGUAAAAUUUAAAAAAAAAAAAAAAAAAAAAAGAAACUUGGAAAACUGAAAAUGAGACGAAAAAAAAGCUGCUACCUUGUUUGACUAGCCAGAGCACUCGGGAUCAAUCUGGCUGGAGUAACAAAUGAGACGUUUGUCGGUUCUGAGUUGCCUUUAGUGCUGUCAUCCACCCGAGGGACAAAUAUGUAUUUUCAGGUCAAAUGUAUUUUGAGUUCUGCCGAGCAUUGAUGCUUAUUAGUAGUAUUCAAUUCGUGCAUUCUAUGAAAAGUGAAAAUAUAUAUUUUGAGACUUUGUUAACAAGGGAAACGUUUACAAAAACUGUUCAAUUCUUGAUAAUUAAACACGUUUCUAGUACACUUACGUGAAGUAGGAUUUUAUGAUGGAUAAAAAAAUAAAUGAACGUGGGCCCCCUAUUACAAAAAAAAAGUUGCAUUAGUCUGAACCACUUCAAUGCUUAAAAUCUAAAACUGUAUUUUCUAGACUACCUGUCAUUAAUGGGUCAAUACUUUUCUCCACCUAAACACAAGUAAUGAGAGGAAUUCAAGUCACUCUUAGAACUGGCACCACCCGUAAUUGCGGUCAUUAACCAAUCAUGGGACGGGUCAAUUCAACUCCUUUCUUGAAAGUAAUCAUAAAAAAAAUUGGCAGUCCAAAUCUUCCUCUUCCUUGUUUGUGAGAAUAAGUGGCCAUUUUGUGCAGACAGAAGACUUGAUUCAUUUGAAGAUUUGAUUUCAUUCUACCGGGUCCACUUGAAACAAUGCGUAAGCAUAGGCCUUUACAUUCUGAACACUUAUGUCGCCCCCGAAACCAAAGAGAUACUUUCAUAAAAAAAAAGAAAGAAAAAAAGCUUGGAAUGUUCUCAUUUUAUGACUUAUUGUUUGAGGAGGGAGUCAUCAAGUCUUAAACGAAAUAACAGAAGAUUAAGCAAUGCCCUGGCAGUAUUCAGCCAUGGUUUGAAAAAAAACAAAAAACAAGUGUAUUUGGAAUGAAAUGCGAUCCUGCUCAGCUGAAAAUGUACAAGACAUUUCAAUAAAAUCCACUUGGUUUUUACAAACAUU